UCACGAAAAAAAAGUAAAUGUGCUUUGCGCUUCGGCUGUGUUUUUCCGUUGUUUUUCCCGGGAAGAAGUUUCAAAAUUGUGAAAAAUUUUAGUAAUUUCUAUUUCGAACUACAAUGACUUUUGAACAAACCACAAUACAACACACAAUCGAUGGAAACGUCUGUCGAUUACAAAUUGUGGCGAUAGUCCAAAAACGCGCUGUUAUUGGCGAGGGAGAUGGCGACGCCAAACGAUGCAUCUCGGCAAAUCGACGCAAUUGUGACAUUUUCGUAGAGGAUCACAACUUUUAUAUUUAUGCAGAUACGCGUCUGCACCGUUUCUAUUUAUCGGAGCGACAAUUCGAUACCAAAGAUAUGAAAAAUCUGAUAAUCAAUUUCAAUACCAAAACGGGUAGCUACGAAGUCAAUUUGCCCUGCUUACCACGUAACAAUGAAGAGCAAAAAGCGCUUCCAGAAAAAAGUGAUAUGGAGAAAAAGAUAUCGGAUAACGCGCUAUUUCCCGCAAUCGAGUUGUGGAAAUUAAAACGCAUUACAGAUAGCUGCCAACUACAAAUCGACAAUGGUGGUGAACUAUUAAAAUUUGAAGCAGAUUUUGGUUAUGGUUUUGCAGGAAGAUUCAAAAAGAAUCUGAUUGGAGUUGAUGACAUGUCUGCUGUAGCGCGUAUGCCCGAACCGCAUACGGUUAGUCCUCUGCAACGUACCAUAGAUCGCGAAAUAGACGAACUUAAGAAUUUCUCACGGGACCAGUACAAAUUGAAUUUUGUUGAGUUGCAGGUGCCCGAAGGACAUGAGAAUCCAAUGAAAUAUAUCAACAACUUCGGAGAUUCCAUAUUAACCCGCGACGAAGAGUGUCUGCUGCACAAUUUGACCCGGAAGUCACAAGAACAUACACUGUCCUAUAACUACGAACAGACUGAGGUCGACUGUGGCCUUAUAAGCAUACUAUUGGCCAUUUGCUAUGACAUACGUUGCACAUCAAAUGAGCCAACCUGCGAGAGUGCUUGGACACGUAACAUACUCUCAGCUACGCUCAGCUACUUUGAACCUUUCGAAAGCAUCAAAGAUGUUGUAGUUAGUUUCCUGCGACGUUCGCUCAUUUAUCCACUCUAUCGGAAUUAUGAUUUAGGGCGCAUAUGCGUGCAGGACGCAAUUGAUGGUUUGCAAAAAAAUCCAGCGUGGGUAUUGAAACAGUUGUUGCAAACACAUGCAAUUUUCGCCAGCAGCGAUUGCUAUCAAGAAAUUUUCAAUCGCUACUAUAUUGAGGAUUAUAUACGGUAUGUCGCGGAUAAUAAUAGCAGUGGACAGAUGCAUUUACGAUUGCUGGCGCGCAACUUGAAAAACGUCCUACUAGAUGUUUGCAAGAAGCAUUUACGUUUAGAUUUGGGAGAAAUUGAGACUGAGUUGUUGAAGGAAUUAAUUACGGACAUACAUUUGGGUGACAGCUCGGCCAGUGAAGAGGAAGAAGGCGACGACGAUACAGAAGAUGAUGGUGAUGAUGAAGACGAUGAGGAUGUUGACGAUGACGAUGUCAACGAUGAGGGCGGUACGGAGAGUGGCGAGGAUGCUAGUGACUCGUCGUCGACAACAACGGCGUCAUCUUCCUCCACGAGUGAUACGGAACAGAAUAGUGUUAUCGAGCAGUGCAAGGAGGUUGUGAAUGUUUCGAAAACUUAAAUAUUAGUUAUAGCAGAGUUCCAAUCCGUAUAUGUGGUUUUAUUUCUUAUAUAUGUAUGCAUGUAUUCCACAAAAGUACAUGGUUUAUAUUUUUUUAAAUCAGUUUUAAAUUAAUACAUACAUAAGUGAGGCUUAUAAAUCAAAUGGCAUUUCCAUUGUAUAUACGUAUAAAUAAAUGCUUUGCAUUUUAAAUGAACUUGGUAAUAAAAGGCUGUAUUUCACUUAAAAUUAA